AAUGAUGGCAAUCGAAGUAGCGGAAUUGUCGGCUACGAUAUGAAUGUCUACCCAGCAUAUCUACUUGGUUACACUGGAAAUGGUUCCAAUGCAGUAGUCUUAGAUGAUGGUCUCGAUACGAAACAUCACGAUCUGAAGGCGAACUACGACCCGACCAUUUCCAUUAACUUGGACAACGGAAAUGAAGAUGACCCGAGAGGACCGUUUCGCAUAAUGAAGCCAGACGAGGCACACGGUACCCAAUGCGCGGGACUCAUUGCAGCAGUGGGAAAUAACGAAAUAUGUUCUCAUGGAAUUGCCUACCAUGCAAAAAUUGGAGUUGUGAGGAUGCUAUCUGGGAAGGUCAACGACAUCAUCGAGGCGCGUAGCUUGUCACACAACGUGGAAAAGGUGGCUAUGUAUUGUGCCUCAUGGGGCCCCACGGACGACGGCUUCACCAUGGACAAACCACGAGAGAACACUGAAAUGGCGAUGAAGUACGCAUCAAUCCAUGGUCGGAAUAAUCAUGGUACACUGCUCUUGUUUGCAUCUGGAAACGGAGGAGCAGUGGGCGACCAUUGUGGGGCCGACGGCUUUGUCAGCUCCCCACACGUUAUUGCGAUUGCCGCACUGGAUCACCAAGGCGCUCGAACAAUGUAUUCAGAAUCAUGUAGUGGAACUCGAGUGGCCGUACCCGUCGGUAGUCCACAAGUGACGCCUGAGAACCCAGCAGAUUUACUACCAACAACGACGGAGAAUAACAAGUGUGUACUCAGUUUCAUGGGAACAUCCGCUGCUGCUCCUUUGGCCGCCGGUUGUUUUGCACUGGCUCUGGAAGCCAGGCCGGAGAUUUCUAAAAGAGACUUUGAGAAUCUUUUACCUUGGAGUGCAAGAAUACCUACUCCGUCAGAUGAAGGGUGGAUAGUGAACGCAGCUGGCAUACUAUACAACAGCCACGCUGGUUAUGGUCUAUUGGACUGCACCCAGCUAGUCCAGUUGGCCAAGCAGUGGCAUCCUGUUGGACCGUUGUGCAUCGCCCGUAGCAGCCAUGGGUCAGAUAUGGGUAAGAAGUGGGCACACCAUCAGGAUACGUAUCCCAAAGAUAAAGACUUUCAUUCCCUUGAUAGUCAAGAAGAGGUGCUGCAAUUUCAGAAGAAACAAAAGGCGUUGAGAAAAGGGCGCCCAAAAGCAAUAGUUGUGCGAAAAAAGAAGAUGGCCACAAUCGUGAUUCCAAUACACAAACCAACAUAUCCAGUUGGUGGUACCGAACAAUGCACUCCGGAUGUGGUUGAAAAGGUGAUAGCAACAUUCCAGUGGAGCCACAUCUGCCGAGGAACUAUGUCCAUUACGCUUAAGAGCCCUUCGCAAACCCGUGUGCUACUUCUGGGUCCUCGCUCCGCUGAUUACUAUUCUGGUGAGGGAUCAAUCAACAUCACAUCGGUUGCCUUCUGGGGGGAAGAUGUGUACGGGGAUUGGACAAUAGAAGUAAGUCAGAUGAUUGUAUUAUUGACCAUUGGAAAAUGGAGCAACGUUUUUCAUCGGUCUUGA